AUGAAUGAGUAUCCUAUACCUAGGCCAUACCCACUGGCCAAAUCCAAUACCGGUUUGAGUUUACAAACUAAUUGGAAAGCUGGUAGUAAUUGGAAAUUAUGGCUGAAAUUAGAUUACAAUAGUGAUGAAAUCAAUCAAGCUAUAAGUAUAGAGUUCGAUGAAAAUGACACCAUAGAGGACGUUAAGGACAAGCUUUUCAAUAGGUUAAACGGCACUCGAUGGAAUAGGUAUAAUGAUAUGAUGUCUGUGGGGAUUGGAAUUUACACUAACGUGCCAGACUUGCAAGAGAAUAUGACUAACCUUAACACUAGUGAUAAAAUUUUAAGUCAUUCACCUUCUUCAUUAAAAGAGCAAAUACUGCAAACAAAUAACAAUAGAAGUCCGCAAAAUAGUCCGUUAGAUAGACAGAAUUACAGAACGAGAUGGCUAGCAAAUCAUAGAAGGUCUAACUCAGCAAGCCCGACGUUCCAGUCAAUACCAAAUAAUAGGAUUACUCCAAUUCUCAAUAGUAAUUGGCAUUCGGAGUACCAUAAUGAACAAUUAAGUAGCUUAUAUUCGCAUCCGAAAUACGCGUCACCGAACCCUCAUGUUUCGAGACAAUCACCUAGAAAAAAUUUAAAAUACUCAGUGGAGGACAUUGAUGACUACCAUUACAAAAUAAUAUUUGAUCCUGACGAGCAAAUAUAUCAAAUCUACGUUUCACUAUUUGGUGCAAUUGGUUCACAGACUUCGUCAAGUGCUCUUUUGGUGUUUUCAAAUGUUGACAUGGGUCAUGCACCUCCACUUCCGAUGGAAUCGCCUGCUGCUGGUAUUUUUGAUGAUGAUCAUGACAAAUUUGCUGGACAUAUACAGGUAUUAUCACAAGAGCACAGUGUAGGCAAUAUGGAUACAUAUGACAAUGACAAUUCGCUACAUGGUUUUGGUAGUAAUAAUGCAGAUGAGGUAAAUUUUUAUGCCAACGGAACUGACAUUGACGAGAGGUCAAAUUCUGAACUACAAGCUGUGCAACCAGCCAUGCUUCUGUUACCAAAAGACUAUAGAUUAGAAGAGCAAGAGCAAUUGUACCACGAAUCGGAACAUAACUCAAAUGAACAAAACAAAGGCCUGGCGUUUAUCAGUGAUAGAAAUUCAUCAGCAUCCGUCCCCCAACUAGAAAAUGAUAAAUCCAAACAACUACAUGUGGAUACAAAUGUUUUAGACAAGCAGAACGCUAUAGAUUCUAAUAAUUAUAAGCAGGCAAAUUCUCUUCUUUUAUCGCCACUGGAUGUUCUCAAGACCACAGAGACUACACCAAUUCCUGUGUCAAAAGAAAAACAGCAAAAUAUAACAGCUCUGGACACACUCCCGUUUAAGUUAACAACUACCAGUGAAAAGGUGUUUCCAAAGAUUAAUGUCUUGAUUGUUGAAGAUAAUGUUAUCAACCAGGCUAUUUUGGGAUCAUUUUUGAGGAAAAAUAAGAUUUCAUACAAAAUUGCAAAAAAUGGUAAAGAAGCUGUGGAUAAGUGGAAGGAAGGAAACCUUCAUCUAAUUUUCAUGGAUCUGCAGCUACCUGUUCUUUCUGGUAUAGAAGCUGCAAAAAAAAUAAGGGAAUUGGAAAAAGAGAGAGGGAUAGCUAAUCAGAGUGAGCGGGUAUCUACACCAGGCUCAUUGUCAUCAAUUAACAUGAAUGGCUCUACAAAUUCACCUGUAAUUAUCGUGGCGCUAACCGCCUCAAACUCUCAGGAAGAUAAAAGAGAGGCACUAAUAUCAGGUUGUAACGAUUAUUUGACCAAGCCUGUAAAUUUGUUAUGGCUGAGCAAAAAAAUUACCGAAUGGGGUUGCAUGCAAGCUCUUAUAGAUUUUGAUGGUUGGAAAAAGGAAGCUAGUAGAAUGACUGAUAGUGUAUUAGUCAGGUCACCUCAUAGAAACCGAAUCCCAUCAGCGAACAAGAGUAGUACUUCUAUUUCAAGAAGUAGUAGUAGUGGUGGGAAAAAACAGGAGAGAGCGGUAUCUAUCAAUAAUUAG